AGUGGGCGCGGCUGCUGGGGCUAAGGGCUAGGAGGUGAGUGUCCACCUCAGCCCCGCGGGUUCCGGCACUCAGACCCGCGCUCGGCCAGGUCGCUCUGUAGAGUGACAUCGCCGUGGCUUCUGAGGUCCUGUCGUCCGGCCUGUGCGGCGGGAAGCGGCGGUGGCCUCAACGUCCUAAGAGAAGCUGAAAUCCAUCCAUCACCCAUUCUUCAAAAUGCAAUGGAAUGUACCAAGGACUGUAUUCCAGAUGGCACAUAGGACAUACAUGGAACCAUAUAAAGCUGGUCUUUUUGGACACUGUCAAAAUAUAAAGGGACCGUUACUUUUGUAUACAGCUGAAUCCAGAGUAGUUUUGGUACUGGGCCCUCAGAAACAAUGGCUGCAUUUAUCUUCUGCCCAGUGCACUGCAAAGGAAAGAAAGCCAUUUGAUGCUUAUUCACCCCAACGGGGGCUUCACCAUAAACAGUGGGAGCAAGAUACUUUCUCUAAGAGGGUUAUGUCAUCCAAUGCCACAUCUCCAGGAACUCCUUCAGAAAAAAAGGAAGAACCUGAUCCUUUACAUGACAAAUCUAUUAGCCUUUAUCAACGAUUUAAGAAAACAUUUAGACAAUAUGGAAAAGUUUUGAUUCCAGUGCAUCUAAUAACUUCUGGUGUUUGGUUUGGAACAUUUUAUUAUGCAGCCAUAAAAGGAGUGAAUGUCGUUCCUUUUCUAGAGCUUAUUGGGUUACCUGACAGCAUAGUAAACAUUCUGAAAAAUUCCCAGAGUGGAAAUGCACUAACAGCAUAUGCCUUGUUUAAGAUUGCAACACCUGCCCGAUAUACUGUGACUUUGGGGGGAACCUCCUUCACUGUGAAGUAUUUGCGUAGUCACGGCUACAUGUCAACACCACCUCCUGUUAAGGAGUAUCUACAAGAUAGGAUGGAAGAGACAAAGGAACUUCUCACAGAGAAAAUGGAAGAAACGAAGGAUAGACUUACUGAAAAAUUACAAGAAACCAAAGAAAAAGUUUCUUUUAAAAAAAAAGUGGAAUAGCUUGCCUUAUGUAAGAAAUUAGAAACAAUUUCUGCACUUUAACCCUUUAGGGAUCAGGGACAAAAAUACAUGCUCCUGAGUAUAUUUUUGGUUAGUUGCCUAAAUAUACCAAUUCUCUGAGGGUUAAAGAACUAAGAUAACUUUUUUAAUGUUAAAUGUCACUAGGAAAAUCAGUGGGUUUUUUUUUGUUGUUUUUUUUUUUUUAAAGAAUAAAAUGACCCCGUAUAAGAAUUUCACAUCAAUAGCAGCAUUAAGCAGUGGUUAAUGUCUAAAUCAGAGCUCUUUUUCAAGGUCUUCAGAAGCAUACUUGUUUUAUGUUCAGCUAUACUUUAGGCAGAUGAGGCGAUUGACUUGUGAAUAAUUGAUGUGGCACUAGACAGGAAGUUAAUGCUGGGUUUUCAUCUUUGUUAUUCAUUGAAGUUUUAACUAUAUUCAGUUCUCCUUUUCAAUAUGGAGAUGUACUUUUAUCAUCAAAUCUGCCUGUGAAUAAGAGGAUAUUUAAUGUUUCUAUAAUUGUAUAACAGUUAACAUACCAGUUAAA